UACUCCCGUGUUUCACAUUUUGUGAUUUUGAUUAAAAUUCCAAUAAUAUCUUCAAAGGCAUGGAGAUAUGGUGUUGAUCCACCCUCAGCACGUCUAGAUUGGAGUAUAUGUAGUCGGCAAUUACUGCUCAUCCUCGAAGAAUGGAAUCAAAAUCCUACCCAAGUAGGCAGCAGCAGCAUCACCGGGCGUACGGUGGUGGAAGAGGGGGUCCGAGCCCGUUGGAAAUGGCUGCGACGCGGCAACCACCUUCACUGCCGCAAUCUCAGCUGCAAAUGUCCGAUAACGACCGGAGCAGCCGUGAGCUUCGCGCACUGGAUUGCAACCUUACUUCCCUCUGCGAUCACAUCCAAUUGGAGGGAUUCAACAGUGGAACCUUCUCCGACAUUGUCGUUCAAGCCAUGGGUUCCAACUACCACCUCCACCGUCUCAUACUCUCCCGGAGCUCUUACUUCAGGAACAUGUUGCAGGGACCUUGGAAAGAAGCAAAUGCUCCGGUUUUGAGCUUGCAUGUAGAUGAUAGUAAUGUCAAUGGGGAGGCUAUAGCGCUGGCUCUGGCUUAUCUUUAUGGACACCACCCAAAGCUUAACGAUGAUAAUGCAUUUCGAGUCCUAGCCAUGGCAUCCUUUCUUGAUCUUCAGGAUUUAUGCGAAAUAUGCACGGACUUUAUAAUAUCAGAGCUGUGGACAUCAAACUUCUUAACUUACCAGGUGUUCGCAGAGAGUCAAGAUUAUGGGAAACAUGGAGACCAAGUUAGAAAUGCCUGUUGGGGAUACCUUUGUCAAUGUGGUGCCAUGGAGUUAAAAGAGGUCCUCCCUAAACUCUCAUCUCAAACAUUGCAAGCUUUGCUAACAUCUGAUGAAUUAUGGGUGCCAUGUGAGGAGAAACGAUUUGAACUGGCAUUAUACAGUCUUCUCUCUAGGGGUGCUGUUUGCAACUUGAAUCAACAUGGGCAGGGAAGCUGUAGUUCUGAUUUAGGAACAACUACACAUUGUGACUCUGUUCGAGUUAACACUAAAACCUUAUCUUAUGGCAGUACUGAUGAAAGGAUGGAACCUGAAUUGAGGAAUCUAAGCUUAAAAGAUGGACAAGAAGGCCAUAAUACUGCUCAUAAUAUUCUGGUUGAGCUUGCAGACUAUGUUGUUGACUCCUUCACUGAGGUACAUAAUGAGCAACAGUUGCAAGAACCAGUGCGCAUUGGACAGGCUUUGCCAAGUAACUCCUGUGCAUAUACUGCUGAAGCUAGCAGUGCUAGCCCCUCAUGUUCUAUGGUUAAAAUGCCGAUAAGUAGUGGUGCAAACAGUGUGGUUUCUUCAGAAGGGCCAUCAGAAGAAGAUACGUGUUAUCAAUCAAACCACGCAUAUUGGCUGCCUGUGGACCAAAGCAGAUGCACUCCGAUGAACGAUGUGCUUUUGCCCAGUGACUGGGGAAGAGGUAAUGUGCCUUCUCUAUCUUGGGGUGGUAGGAUCGUGGGGCGAAGAGAGACAAAAACUUUCUUAAAUGGACAGCCUGGAAUCAGCAGAGAUGAUUAUGAUACCUUCGUCAAUAUUUUUGAGGGAGGUUCUCUACUGUAUUGUAACAUGUCUUUUGAGGCACUUCUUACUGUGAGAAAGCAGCUUGAAGAAAUGGGAUUUCCUUGCAAAGCUGCGAAUGACGGGCCUUGGCUGCAGAUGCUCUUAAGCCAGCGAGUGCAAGAAAUCGAGGCGGACACUUGCAAAAAUUGCUGUCUUGUGAGUAUGGCCUGUGCAUGUAGGCAACCAUUUGGAUCUUCAUGCAAUGUUAGUGGGUAUUACAUGGCAGAUCAUGACCAUGGAAAUCUGUCGACAAAUUCCGGAAAUGUGUACACCAAUGAAGGAACUGGUCUCUUUAGGCCUGUGCGCAUUCAUGUCAGGGGACCCCUUGAUGGGCUAGUUGGAAUCGGGCGUGGAAACACAUUUGUUCCCGCUGCUCCUGCUGCUAGUCCGUCAACACGUUUUGUCUUCUCUCGGGUCCCGUUUGGGGUGAGUAAUGAUGAUUCAGAAAACAGAGGGGACCACCAUAACGCGGACAUGACUGGGGAUGGGUUGACUGCCUUGGUAAGUCUCAGCCAGGAGGGAAGCAAUAUGGUAACUACUGCUGUGCAGUUAGAGAGAGGUUGUGAGGUGGAUCUUCAGAGCAGGAUGGCAGGAUCAUCAGUAUCUGCAACUAAUGUUAGUAGUAGUAUAUCAACACAAAUGUUAGAAUCUGUUGGGAUUGAGUGGGAGAAUGACAACAACUCUAUAUCUUUGGAUGUGAAAACACCUUUAAGUCAUUUCCCUCCAUUUCGGUUUGGGGUUGAGUUUCAAGACGUUCUCAGGCUCAAUGAUGGUCAAGUCAAACAUUCACCCGAGUUUUUCUAUGCUGGUUCUUUGUGGAAGGUCACCGUCCAGGCUUUUAGUGACGAAGACCUGCAAGGACGCCGUACACUUGGGCUUUUUCUUCAUCGACGUAAGGCAGAGAUAACUGACCUGCCUAGAAAGGUGCAUGUGUAUGUUGAUUCUCGUGAAAAGGUCACUGCUAGGUAUCAGUUGAUAUGCCCAUGCAAAAGAGAAGUUACGGUGUUUGGGAGCUUCAAGGAGACGGGGACUCUUCUCCCUAAAGCUCCAAAGGGGUGGGGUUGGCGUUCAGCUUUGUUCUUUAAUGAACUUCCGGAUCUUCUACAAAAUGGGUCACUACGAGUCGCUGCUCUUGUACAGCUCAUUUGAUGUAUGCUUUGCUGUAUUAGAUGGAAUUUCGGCUAAACCUGUUGAUCUGCUUCACAUGUAUGAGAUAUAUAUUUUGGUCUGAUGUGAUGGGAAAACGAAGCAAAUUAUGUAUAUACUUUCCCGCUUUCCCACUGCUUGCUGCAUUGAGUGCAUACUCCCAGCCUUAUUAUUAUUAGGUAAACAAAUGAUAGAUGAACUACCAUGUUGCACCUACUUCAUAAGUUCACAGCUCACAUUAAGGAUGGACUUAAACUGGUUCCUGUCUCCUAAAGAGCCUGAACCUGCCUGACAAUUCUGGAAAUGUUUAGGAGAAGGUAUAGCCAUGGCACUGGACCGGAAAAAGCCCAAUUACUGGCUCUGAUUCUAGAGCAUCAAGCAGCUAGUUUCUCGUUCCGUUUUUGGGCUGUAACUGAAACUGUCUGCUCCUAGCUCAUAUCCAUCAGGACAGAGGAGUACAACGCUUUGGUAGUCCAUCUAUCAUUUUCCUUGUUAUUAAUGAUGAUAUUGUUUUUGUUAUUACUGUUAUUGUUGUUGUUGUUAUUAUUGUUAUCAUUAUCAUUAUUAAUGUGCCUAAAUUUUAGUAUUCGCAGAUGAAUUCAUUGUUUUGUAUACCCCGAGUAAUGGUUCAUUAGUGCUUUAGUUUACAUCUACCAUUGUAUUAGAAUUAGCACUCUUUAAGAAUCGACAUGCCUAUUAUCAAAUCGUGAAACCAGUUUUGUCAGUCUCAUUGACAUCUCAUGGAUUUACAAG